AGUAAUUGUUAACUUGAUACUGGCAAUAUUGGAGGCGAACAUUUAAUAACCACGUGUGAAUAGAGUGAGUGCUGAAGAAAUAGUAAGAAACUAAGAAUUUAUCCAGCUUACUCUGAUGAAGUUGUUCUUUCCGUUGUGAAACUGCAGCAAUGGAAAAUCAAGCUGAAGUCGUGGAAACUUUAGUGGAUCCCGAUGAUGAGGAAAAUAUCGCAAAUAGUAGUUACCGAAUAGAUGAGGCAUCGGAAACGAAUACCGACGUCCCUAGGACUGUGCCAGGAAUUAAUUUGGAUGAUAUGUCUUUAGAUUCUUCAACACAUGAUCUCUCAUAUAAUGCUGAAGUUCCUGAAGUUUGUGAAUCCCAAUUGAUGUACAAUGCUGCAAAUGAUGAUGGAAAAGCCAAUACAGGAGGCAGUGAAGAUGCUGAGAAAAAUGAUCCUGAUAAUAUGCCAGCCAUAUUGUUGACAGCAAUGAGAAAUCAGUUAUCAUCUAUACAUAUGGUCCAAGAUAAUGUUCAUGAAAAGGUUAAUCCUGUGUUGGAAACAAGUUCAAGGGAAGAUACAGUAAUAUUGGAAGAAACAAGUGACUGUAAAAGAUCUUGCUCCGUAAACUUGAUGUGUGAAGGCCUUACAAGUAAUGCGGAAUCUUCACUCGGCAUUGAAACUGAAGAAUUUAGUGGAAAGAAUGUGGCAAAAGCAUCUGAAGUUCUACAUACCUCAAUCAGCAAAAUGAGUGUAAUGCAAGCUCCUUCAGAAAUCUGUGAUGCUAUUGGUGGCCAAAAAGGCAAGUGUUUGGAAGGUAUGAAAAGUUUGCCAUUUUCUGAAAAAAUCUAUGGUUCAAUUGAUGAAAAGCAAAUAGCAAUUGAAUCUCAACAAAUAAAAGAAUGUGAGUCAACCAUUUUCACCAUACUAAAGAAACCAGAUGGUUCUCUAUCUGACAGUUCUACUGGUCUGUGUGAAGGUACCACUUGUAAUACUCCAAAUGUAAUUCCUUGCAUGGUUCAAGAAGAUCAAGUCUUGAGAAGAAUAAGAUUGCUACAGAAACAAGUUGAGCAUACUCAUGAUCUGUACUCUAGGAAAUUGAGUGAAGAUUUUCUUUCUGUGAAAAAGUUUUUUGAAGAUCUUAAUCAACAAGACACCCUAUUUCAAGAGAUGUCCUCACAAGCUGAUCUCCUUAAGGAAACUCUAGAUUCGGUGCUCCAGUUACCGGAAUCAUCGAAAUCGGACGUUCUUGAUCGUCUAGAAGCAUGUUUCAAUUCAGGUCACUGGCUAGAAAAAUCUGUGAAGACAAAAGAACUUGCUAGUUGCAAACAACUGAUGAGUAAAGGUUACGUUUCCCUAAAAUAUGGCGGUGUUUCUAAGGUAAAGGCCAUUAUCAAUCAGCACUGCCGUCCGCAAUUAUCAACUGAAGACGCCCCACAAUCAAAUGUGGAAGAUAUCCUCUGUGAUCCAUACCUCGUCACCGUUACAUCCAUCAUAGAUCCUGGAGAGUUUUAUGUCGUCCGUCUGUGUGACAGUGGGAAGCUUGAUACAAUUCUGACAACGCUAAAAGAAAAUGCCGAUUUUUAUCCAAUUCCAUUAGAGACAUCCCCAGGUCAGAUGUAUGCUGUUCGUAAUAGUGCUCUCAACUGGUUCCGUGGCGUAUGUGGAAAAGAAUGCGGGCGUCACCAAGUCGGUGAUCAACCAUCUGAAAUUCUCUACGAAUUUUUCAUGAUAGAUCAAGGACACCAUGAACGUAUUCCUGCGUCUUCCAUCCGUCUUCUUCCUAUGGAAAUUCUGAAUAUUCCGCCAAUCGCUCGCGAAUGCACCUUGAAUCAAAAUUUUCAGGGCACUACUUGGAGUCUUCAAACAAUCAGCCUUUUCAAGCAAAUGACCAGGCAGUCUCCUAUGAAUAUGAAGGUUUUCAAACAACAUGGGGGAGUUCUAGAAGUCGACCUCGGUCAGCUGAUAAGCUUUGGUGAAGCAGCAAAUAUUGUAUCCGUAAGAGAUGCAUUGUUCUUCUCCCACCGACCGACAUCCACCAAGCCAUCACUCAGAAAAUUCAAGCCAAAAUUUCUUAUUCCUAAUGUCGACUUACGGAAAGAAUUUUCAGUGAAUGUCUCUUCGGCAGAGACGCCAAAUAAUUUUUACGUUCAGAUCCUUGAUGAAGAAUUGCGUAGUUAUCGACUAAUGCAGGAUGAACUUCAGACGGAGAUGGCAAAUGUUACUUUGAACUCUAGUUCAAAUUUCAAUUAUAUUGAAAAAGGUUUUAUUUGUGCUGUCAAGUACCUUGGCGAUUGGUACCGAUGUUUGGUGGAAGAAAUUUACCAACAAAAUCGAGUACUUGUUUUCUAUGUUGAUACCGGCCAUCGCCAGACUGUUCACGGUUCUGAAUGUUUGAAUUUACUGGAGACGUUUCUCGAUCUGCCUUGUCAAGCACUACGCUGUGUUUUGGAUGGCAUCAAUCCGCUCAAACCACGUGCAACGAAGAUGAACAGUUAUCGCCGUCGUCAGACUUCAUGGAAUUUAUGGUCUCGCGAAGUAAUAGAAUCCAUUCGUGGUUAUCGUAACAAGCAAGGAGUGAUUAUAGUGGAGAAUUGGAAAGUUGGUGACGUUGGCCGAUUAGACCAAGAACUUACAGCCUUCGUCGUUUUAUAUCGUGAUGGUGAACAGUUUUGCCUGAACCAAAUGCUGGCACGCGCCGGUGUGGUUAACAGUACCAAAGGGCAUAAAUAUCUGGAACGUUCUAUUAUCACAUCAGACUCUGCAAUGCAAUGUGGAAUUUCUCAGCCGAUGUUGACUGAUUCGGUCGAGAGCGGAAUGUACGCGCCGUCAACAGAAGCGGAUUUCACAUCAUUGAUUCCCGGCAUACCCAUAACGGAAGAACUGAUUACCCAGGCUCCGUCAGUGGCAAAUGGACGAGAUAGCGACCAAAAGAAUUUUGAGAAACUUGUUGGUGACGGUGAUUCAAAUUACUCCGACUGUCUUCCUGUUUCUGUCUUUCCGAUGUCAUCGUAUAAUCCAAGUCCAAUCUUAGAGGUUUCGGAUGCUGGCAAUACUUCUCCACAAGCAUUGGAUCUGCACAGAAAUGAGUUGUGUUCGGGUUUAGCUGGCUCCACAUCUUCCAUUAACAAAAAUCCUGAUAACGAAAUGGAAAGCAGUAUUGAACCGUUGAAAUUCGCGCUUGAAUAUCUUCCGGCAUCGAAAUUUAAUGACUGUUUACCGAACCCGCCAGUAAGAAAACAUGCUUCCGAAGAUGUCUCUGCCGGUUAUGGAAAAGACCUUAGUUUGAAAACAGUGUUGACCAAUUUUACUUCUUGUGGGACAUCAAAUUCAUCGGGAAUCGAAGUUUUGGCACCUGCCUUGGAUCAGCAAAAAGAACAAAAAACGAUCAAUUUGACUAACGAAAAAUCUGAUGGCACGUGCAGUAUAAAUAAUUGUCAAACCGACUUAGUGGGCACUUUGGGAACGCAGCCGGAGUCCGAAACAUCCGUUACGGUCUCUUACGUGUGGAUGGACUCUCCAGACGCUAUGUAUUUUCGCACGGCUGAUAUGCAAGCUCAGUACGAGGAGCUACGAUAUAAAAUGAAACAACACUAUGGAAACAUCGGAUUAAGGGAAAAAACAAAAUUUGAAGUUGGCUUUCGCUGUGCUAUCCAUGAGCACCACUCCUGGUGGCGUGCAGAAGUCGUCUGUAUGGACGACUACCCUAAAUGUGAGGUUUUGUUUGUUGAUACUGGAUAUCAUCGCACAGUUCGUGCUAAACACAUCUACGAGUUGGAACUAGGUUUUGAUGAAAUUAAACGUUUAGUGCUUAAAUGUUCCCUAUAUGGCGUCUUCAGUGGCACUGAAAAUGGAACUUGGAAGGAGAACUGCAUCAAAUAUAUCCACGACCGACUUUUGGGAUCUGAAAGCAUCAGCAUUUUUCGACGACAACAGAGAGAAUCAAAGUAUGCAGCACUUCCAGUUAUGUGCCUCUAUGUCUACAAUGUGGAAGGCGGUCCUUUGCAGAUUCCAGGCAAGACGCAAAUCAACCUUAACGACGAGCUUGUUUCAUUGGGUCUGGCCCAAAAUUACCCAGGACCUCUGCCAUCUUCAAACGUUAUUCCUGUUCUCCGGGCUUGGAGAUUGUCCGAACCUCCUAAAGUUGGCUCCGUAUUUUGGGCAAUAGUAACCUGGGUCAAUUUGACAGGAGAGAUUUAUUUGCAUGACAUCAAGUCAGUACCGGCGAUGAACGAGAUUACCAAAUGGUUAAACGAAGCAUACAGCGGCACAGAACCGACUGAUGCAGAUCUUCGUUGUCGUCCCGGAGACCUGUGCAUAGCGAAGUAUAAAAUAGACAACAAGUGGUAUCGUGCCAUAGUUAAAAAGACUGAAGUUGAACUUGAGAAAGUCACAGUGUUUUUUGUUGAUUAUGGAACGCUGGAUUCGGUAGACUGUCGUGACAUUCGUCUUAAUAUCAUGCUAGAAGAAUUGCCGACCCAAACGGUUUGCUGCAAGCUGUUCAACAUCCGUCCUCCGGUUGAGGACCUCACUGAUCGAAAAUGGGACUGGCCGGUAAAAACUCUCGAUCAUCUACAUGAAUUGAUUGUGGAUAAAGAGUUUCGCGUGAUCGUCAAGGGCAAAGGCCCACCGCUGCCCGUCGCGUUGAUAACUCGUAAGCAAUCAUCAAUUGCAUCGUAUCUUGUUGAAAAUAAAAUGGCUGAGUUAACUGAUCCUAAUUUAUGGAAGAAAAAAUCGAAGAAAAAGAAAUGUGAGAAGAAGUGAUUAAUUAAAGUGUGAUAAUGUGCGCAGCCAUUGGUAUUUCUUUGCUAAACCUACCAAUUGCAUGCUGAUCUCCAAUAACUGUUCAACUUAGUUGAUUUGUUGAGAAAAAAUUUUUUUGUGUCUGUGUUGUUUUGUUUAAACAAAGAACCCCCCUAAAAAAAUGGGAUCGUUUGUUUGUGUUUGGAGAUAUUUUGAUUUGAUUUAGUUUUGUUGUUUCGUAGUAAUUGGAGAACCUCCGUCCAGCAACCUUCAACCAAGAAACUAAUUUUUUUUUUUUUUUUUUCGUUGACAUUGAUUUAAUGGAGAACAACGUAUGAAAACCAAGAAAAUACAAAUGCUCAAAAUUUA